AUGGAGCCCAGUGUGCCUAAACUGAAGGAGCCCGCCAAGUCCCACUGCAUCAAAGUCAUCUCCAUGGGCAACGCUGAAGUGGGGAAACUACAAGAGCAAGGCUGGCGGGCCACCAACAGUGGCACCAUGCUCCCACAGGCUGUGGCUAACACCGAGACAUCUGUGACACCCCCAGACCCGGCGCCUAAGAGCCCUGCGGCCAGUGGUGUGCCCCAGGCCCCGGCGCCCACCAGGCUGCUUGCAGGGAGCCCUGGAGGAGACGCAGCCCCCAGGCCUGCCCAGGCCUCAUCACCUCCCACAGGCAGCAGGGACGCAGAGAAAAAGGUUCUCGCCACCAAAGUCCUUGGAACUGUCAAACAGUUCAAUGUCAGAAAAAGAUAUGGAUUUAUAAACCGAAAUGACACCAAAGAAGAUGUGUUUGUACACCAGACUGCCAUCAAGAAGAAUAAUCCACGCAAUUAUCUGUGUAAUGUGGGGGAGGGAGAAAUUGUAGAGUUUGAUGUGGUUGCAGGAAAAGGAGGUCCUAAAGCAACAAAUGUGACUGGCCCAGAUGGAGUUCCAGUAGAAGGGAGCCGCUGUGCUGUGCGCCGUGGACCUCCCCAUAAUGCUGGUGAGAUUAGACAGAUGAAAGAUGGAGUCCCCGAGGGAACACAACUCCUGGUCCAUCGGAAUCCAACCUACCACCCGAGGUUCCGCAGGGGACCUGCUCACCCACGCACGAGCCAAUAUCGUUCCCUACAGGUGCUGCGGCUUCAGCGUGCCCUGCCGCCGCCCCUCCAGCUGAAGCUUCAGCGUGCCCUGCCCCGGCCACUCCAGCCCAAACUGCCACUUCUGAUUCACAGCCUUUGCAUCCUGCCAUUACUGCCGUUCCCACGCUAA